AUGACUCCAGUUCAUACCCCGGAGAUGACAGGAAUGACUUCGACCAUUUCAGAAGAAAUGGUCGAAGGCCUGCAACACCACCCCGGGGACACCAAUCUGGAAGACAAUGGCUACCGCGAUCCAAUGGAUUUACUCUGCCACCACUGCCUCCUCGACCAACAUGACCUGCAGGACCUGGAUACCCCCGUGGGCCACAAGGGCAGCCCAUGGUGGGAACGAACACACGACCUGCAGGACUGA